AUGUCUGUUGGUGUCGCUAUCGUUGGAAGCGGCCAUUUUGCCAAAGAGCAGCACUUGCCUGCCGUGCAAAGCGCGACCAACCUGGAACUCAAAGCCAUCUAUUCACGUUCCUUGAAGUCGGCGGAAGCUCUCGCGGGCGGUGAUUCUUCUGUCGACCUUUACUCGGACGACUCCGGCUCUGACAAGUCUUUUGCUGAUCUACUAGCGCGGACAGACAUCGGGGCUGUGAUCAUUGCUCUUCCCAUUCUCGUUCAACCGGAAUUCAUCAAGCAGGCUCUCCUGGCUGGCAAGCAUGUCUUGUCUGAAAAGCCCAUUGCGAAGGAUGUCGCCACAGCCCAGGACCUUCUGCAAUGGUACCGAACUAAUAUUGACACCACCAAGUUCUUCUGGGCGGUCGGCGAGAACUACCGAUAUUUGACCAAGUUUCUCUUUGCAGCCGAAAAGGUGCGGGAGAUGGGUAAGAUCCGCCAUUUCCGAGCCAAUGUCCAUAGCCUGGUGAAGCCGGAUAACAAGUAUUACUUGACUGCCUGGCGGAAGACACCAGAGUACCAGGGAGGAUUCCUGUUAGACGGUGGAGUGCAUAUGAUUGCCGGAUUGCGUAUGAUUCUGGGCUCGACCGAGCCGAUCACAGCAGUCUCGGCGCAAUCGCAACAGCAACAGUCCUAUCUGCCACCCGUUGACACUGUAGAUGCCGUGGUUCAAACAAGAUCUGGCGCCAAGGGCCUCGUUUCCCUCUCCUGGGGCUCGCCAUUCAGCGACAACAUCUUCGAAUUUGCCUGCGAAAAGGGUGUGGUGACUAUGCACUUUGACGGGGUGACCGUCAACGGUGUAGAUCACCACAUUGCGUUUGAUGGCAAGGGUGUUGUCCCCGAGGUCGCUGAAUUUGCCGAUGCCAUUGUAAAUGGACGGCCUGUCGAGAAGAGGCAGUCCCCAGAGGAGGCAUUGGCAGACCUAGAGGUGUUGGAGCAGAUGUUGCAAAGCGGAGAGAAGGAAGGAGAGAGAGUGAAGCUACACUUGCAGGGUUAA